UUUCCAGCUCAUUAACAAUUUCACAUCCAAAAUCUAAAAUUCCAAAACUUAAUAGAAUAACGCAAAGCAUUUAGUUCUGCUUUCGAUUCUUCCAUCGGUGGUGAGCCGUUUUUGAAUUUCCGGUUGGAUUUAAUAUUGAAAUAUAGUUUUUUCUAUUUUUAGUUUCCCAUAAUUUUCCUGUCACAUUAAUUGCACUAACAUUACAAACCUAUUGCACUAUUUAAGGAUAUAUGUACGUACAAACAUACAAAUGAAUUGUAAAAUUUCACUGAAAAUCCAUCGGCUGUUGCAGAUGACUGAACAGGGUAGGCACAUACGCGACCAUUGCGGAAUUGCCAACAAAGCGAUUGAUUUGCAUAGCCGGCUGUACUGUCCGCCACAAAAUCACAAAUGGGGGAGCGAAAAUGCGCCGCUAUACCCAUCAGAAAUUCGUUCAUCACAAACCCAAAAAGCAUCAGAUCAAAUGCAUCCUCGCGAUUUUCGCUUAAGAAUUGACGCAUACAUGGCAGCCACAACGUCUCAUUGGCCAUUUGCAUAUAUGUAUGUAGUGUCGCGUUGUGGUUAGCAUGCUUCGUAUGAAGGACUGUCUAUGUUGAUUGACUACGUCGCGCAGCGCUUUGUCAUCUAAUUGUCCGCCGUCUGGCAGUUGCAGGCGUAUAUAUUUGUACAUAUGUGGCAUUUGGAUAGAAAUUCUCCUUAACGCCAAUUACGGUGACAUCGUGCCCGGCGCGUGCCAAUUCCUCGGCGACUAUGCAGUAGAUCAGCAUAUGCGAUAUGGAGUAGGAAGUGAAGACGCCCAGUAUGCGUGCGGUGGCGUGGAGUGAUUGCGGCGCCUGGAUUAAGAAGCAGGUAAGCACUGUUAUUGAGAAAUGUGGAAAUUUUUUG